AUGCUGGCGGGUGCCACAUUCUUUAGACAAUUUACAACUGGAUCUGAAUUAUACACUGUAACAACUUCUGCUGCUGGAACAUCUGUUACACCCGGUGAAACAUCUGGAACAUCUGUUACACCCGGUGAAACAUCUGGAACUUCCGCUACAACAUCCAUCACAACCACCACGGUCGUACCAUCUGAAACAAUAUCUGGUUUAUCUGUCGCAACCUCGGAAAACCCAUUAACAACUAAUGGAACAUCUCUUACCACUGCUGGAACACCGCUGACGAGUGUUGGAACACCAGUCACAACCACCGAAACACCACUAACGACAGCUAGAUCAGUUACAACCACUGAAACACCGCUUAUGACUGCUGUGUCACCAGUAACAACCACUGAACCACCGCUAACGACAGCUGGAUCACCAGUUACAACAACUGAAACACCACUAACGACAUCUGGAUCACCAGUUAAAACCACUGAAACACCGCUAACGACAGCUGGAUCAACAGCUAUAACCAAUGAAACACCCUUAACGACUGCUGGAUCACCAGUUACAACCACUGAAACACCACUAACGACUGCUGGAUCACCAGUUACAACAACUGAAACAGCGACAGCGACAUCUGGAUCACCAGUUACAACCACUGAAACACCGCUAACGACAGCUGGAUCAACAGUUAUAACCAAUGAAACACCCUUAACGACUGCUGGAUCACCAGUUACAACCACUGAAACACCAAUAACGACUGCUGGAUCACCAGUUACAACAACUGAAACAGCGACAGCGACAUCUGGAUCACCAGUUACAACCACGGAAACACUGCUAACGACAGCUGGAUCAACAGUUAUAACUUAUGAAACACCCUUAACGACUGCUGGAUCACCAGUUACAACCACUGAAACACCGAUAACGACAGCUGGAUCACCAGUUACAACCACUAAACCACCGCUUACGACUGCUGGAUCACCAGUUACAACCUCUGAAGCACCGCUUAGGACUGCUGGAUCACCAGUUACAACCUCUGAAGCACCGCUAACGACAGCUGGAUCAACAGCUUUAACCACUGAAACUCCCUUAACGACAGCUGGAUCACCAGUUACAACCACUAAACCACCGCUUACGACUGCUGGAUCACCAGUUACAACCACUAAACCACCGCUUACGACAGCUGGAUCACCAGUUACAACCUCUGAAGCACCGCUUACGACUGCUGGAUCACCAGUUACAACCUCUGAAGCACCGCUUACGACUGCUGGAUCACCAGUUACAACCACUGAACCUCCGCUAACGACAGCUGGAUCACCAGUUAUAACCACUGAACCACCUCUCACGACUGCUGGAUCACCAGUUACAACCUCUGAAACACCCUUAACGACUGCUGGAUCACCAGUUACAACCACUGAACCUCCGCUAACGACAGCUGGAUCACCAGUUACAACCACUGAACCUCCGCUAACGACAGCUGGAUCACCAGUUAUAACCACUGAACCACCUCUCACGACUGCUGGAUCACCAGUUACAACCUCUAAACCACCGCUUACGACAGCUGGAUCACCAGUUACAACCACUGCAACACCGUUAACGAUAGCUGGAUCAACAGUUAUAACCACCGAGACACCCUUAACGACAGCUGGAUCACCAGUUACAACCACUGCAACAUCGUUAACGACAGCUGGAUCACCAGUUACAACCACUGCAACACCGCUAACGACUGCUGUGUCUGAUUCAACACCCUUAACAACCACUGGAUCAACAGUUACAUCUGAUGGAACACAAGUAACAACUUCUGCAUCACCAAUGACAUCUGAUAGAACAACAGUUACAAGUUCUUCAUCAACAAUGACAUAUAAUGGAACAACAGUUACAAACUCUGCAACAAUAACGACAUUUGAUGGAACAUCAAACACAACCGAUGCAUUGACAAUGACAUCUGAAGGAACACCAAUAACAACCACUGAAUCAACCAGGACGUCUGUUGGAACAACCAUAACAAACAUUGGGUCAACCAUGACGUCUGAUGGAAUACCAAUAAUNAAUAACAACCACUGGGUCAACCAUGACGUCUGA